CAGAAAUGUCUGGUAGAGGAAAAACCAGUGGGAAGGCAAGAGCCAAGGCGAAGUCUCGUUCAUCCAGAGCAGGGCUGCAGUUCCCAGUCGGUCGUGUUCACAGGCUGUUGCGGAAAGGAAACUAUGCUCAGCGUGUGGGCGCUGGAGCCCCGGUCUAUCUGGCCGCGGUGCUCGAGUACCUGACUGCUGAAAUCCUAGAGCUGGCCGGCAACGCUGCCCGGGACAACAAGAAAACCAGAAUCAUCCCGCGUCACCUGCAGCUCGCUGUCCGCAACGACGAGGAGCUUAACAAGCUGAUGGGAGGUGUCACCAUCGCUCAGGGCGGAGUGCUGCCCAACAUCCAGGCUGUGCUGCUGCCCAAGAAAACCGAAAAGCCAGCCAAGAGCAAAUAAACUUCACAGAAAACCCGUGUAUUACACCAACAAAGGCUCUUUUAAGAGCCGCCCACCUUUUCAAUAAAAUAGCUUUUUUUCUAGUAGA